ACGGCGGCAGUUCGAAUUUGCGUACGGAAAGUUUUGUUCAACUGUGAAGUUUUUAAAGUUUUUUGUUCGUAAUUUAAAAUUUAUACAUUUGGCCAAAAUGUAUAAGUUCAAGAAGAAUUUUAAGAAUGUCAUGAAGAAAAGGAUGAGAGGUACUUAUUACAACUACGCUUGUGGGUUUCCGGAAAACAAUACUGCUGUGGUUUUCUGUAAUACCGAAAACGAUUUGUGGAAGAACGAUGGGGGCAUACUUUUUGAAUAUGAAAUCGAGAAUGUUGUAAUUGAGGACUCCAUUAUAAACUUCAGGGAUUUUCAUAAGGAUUUGGCUGAAAAGUUGCAACUUAAUUCCAUCAAUACUGACUAUGAUUGUGUGCCCGACUUUAAUAUUAAAAACAUAAAUUAUAUAGUUGAUAUGAAACUGUUACAUGCAUCUGGACCGCUUAAACAUUUUAUGCCAACUAAGUACCAAUGUUUUUAUCGCGAUAUUGUUGGUUAUGAGAAAAAAACUAAAAUUGUGUUCUGCAUGACUGAUACUGGCACAACUAUACAAUACGUAAGAAAUAAUGAAAAUAUGUUCGAUGUGAGUGAGGAGAGCGGAAAUAAAGAAAAAAAUAUCCGAGAUUACUUAUAUAUCUGUAACGAUCUUAUUGAAAACUAUAAGAAGGCUUAUGAAGCUUCGCUUAUAUAUGAACUUAAGGAGUUAACAAGAGUAUUGAAUUUAACUUUAUUGUUAAAGCAGAUAGCGCUGUACUUUCCGGAACAAUCCAUGCUGAAUAAGUUUUUCGAUAUUCCAGCAAGCAAUUUCAGUAUAACACAAUCUUCUAAUAAAAAGGCUGUUGUCACACUUCCAAUGUGA